CACGAAACUGCCUCAACCCCACGUCGCGACAAUGCCUCGCUGCACUCAUCACAGCACAAUUCGAGCUCUUUGCCCGCCCACAGCGAGAGAGUUGAGCUUGGGCCCCGAGUCGAAUCAAUGGCUUUCCUUUGCAUCCCAGCACAGGGUGCUCGCUUUUGCCACGCCAAGGUUGCUAUCACGACGAGCUCUGUAAGGCAAAUUCUGGAUAGCAGCUCAAGUUCAGGUUGAGUUCUUCUGCCCCUACCUCAAGAUACCAUAGCUAGAAACAGUUCUCUAGGCAAUGACUGGUCCCAACAUCUCGAUAAACGACCGUCUCUGCGGCCUCUAGGGGAAGACAAUGACACCCUGAGCAGGAUGGGAUGGCCUCCCGUCUGGCCAUCAGCCACCUUCAAAGGCCAAGACCGCUUUCUGCCUGAGCGGCCGCACUUGAGUCGCCAUCUCUCCUGGGGAUUUGAAGAUGCCCAGCCUACACCCCUGCUCGGUUGUAUCCUGUCCGGGAGGGGACCGUCCCAAGCUCUCGUCAACGUUUGCCGUCUCUUCGACAACCUGACCGGGAGAGCACAUGGUGCUCUGUCCCCAUUUUCAUGCACCGGUGUCUCCCCUUCAGCACCCUGCUUCUUCUGGAAGAGACCCGCGGUCUGCAAGUGUCUGUCUGCCGUUCUUUGCCUUGGUUGGAUUGGCCCAUUCAUCAGCCCUGGUCCCUGUUUCUAUUCCCAGUCGAGGGCAAGCAGCAAGUGCUGGGUGCUCAGGGACUGUUUCGUCUGGCCCGUGGUUGUGCUCAAGGUGUGCCCACCCCUGCCGAACAGAGGGGCUUACGAGAGUGGAAUGCGGGAUGGCAGGAUACCAUUACACUCUUGCUUCAUCCAUCUGUUUGUCUUGAUUUGUUCCUCUUUCUCCCCCUUCGCUUCUUCACCACACAUCGGCCGGCGCCGUGUUUACGACCUCGACGACGUGGAUUAGAUGACUUGACGACAGACGGAUUCAAGGGCACUGCUACGGCAUUCUCGCCAUCGCCGACCUCGCGGAUAGACAGACACCGACAGAGCCCAAAUGUCGCCACUCGCGUUGGUAGAUGAGGUGAUUGCCUCGUGGUUGCAGUCGCGGGACGACACGGGGACGAUGCCGCAGAACAACUUCAACAGGACAGGAACCAACACUUUCCAGACGGCUCGGAACCAAACCACCACACAGCAGAUGUUCUUCAACGAACUACGAUUCGCCGCUGCCAGAUCCAUUCGAACAUCGACCAUCAUUUUAGCUUCUUUUAAUAUUAUUGCUUCUUUUGCGACCGCCGUGGGGAUCCUGGUUGAUUCGUAUUUCAGGGAAAGGCGGAACAACAGGUCAUACAGGUUCAAGCGGAAUGGCUUCAACUUUGUGCCCGAAGGCGAGAUCUAUCCGCUCAUUUUAUCAAUUGGAAUUUUCAUUCAAAGCUUGGUCUUUGCCGGCGCUCAGUCGACUGGCCUCGACGGACUUUUUGGCACGGGAUGCACUAUGAUGGCAUUGGUCAUGUUGCCUGCUGUGUUCCUGGCGCCUUUUAUUCAGCUUGUCUUUGGUGUUGAGUUGACGUUGAGGGCACUUCGAAAGGAGUUGUUUGCCCCACGGGGGAAAUGGAAUGUGUCGAUUUGCUCAGCACUUGUUGGGCUGUUUACACUUGCCAUGUUUCUGGUUGCCGACUUUGACCAGUCUCCAAACUUUUGCUUAACCUCGCUCUUUUGGUUUGUUGCUCACUACUCGACGGCAUGCUUUGGGCUUCUGACGGCCAUUGCCUCGGUACUUAUUAUCUGCACUGUGGUGAUCUUCAUCAAGCUACACAGCAGCAUUCAGAUCGAGGUGACAGCUCGCGUGGCGGCCUCGAGGAUGGUUUAUUACCUGGCAUUGGGAGCCAUCUCGAUUUGUUUCAUGUUGCCAUAUUUCUACGUUUUGACCUUUCUGAACCGGCGAGGCCAGAACAACAAUUCUCUCAAUCUUUCAAUGGUUGCUGCGGUGGUGGCAAACAUAUCCGGACUCAUGAAUGGCGGGCUUUACCUGUUCUUGAAGUCAAACACCAUUUCGACCAUUGGGCCUAGGGACAAAAUCGGCGAGUACGAGAACCGCAGGGCCAGAUACAAGAUUGAGCGGCGCUAUACCAUGGACGACGCAGACUCGGAAUUCGGAUUCGAUGAGGAUUUCAAAAAAUACAAGACGGCCGCUGAUAUUCGCAAGAUGGAUAGCGAAGAGACUCUGACGGCCUACGAGAAAGAGGAGAUGGUGGAUGCUAAGAGCAUCCGCAGCGUGAGGCCACCUUCCACCAUCUACGGUCGACGAGGCCCUGCGUCCAUUCGCUCCUUCCGCUCCAACAGAUUGAUGUCUGCGGCAUCCAACGUGUUCAUGCCGAAAGCGCCAGAACGAGCCCGUGUUUCGAACGCAGCCGGUGGGCACAUGAGAAAGCGCUCCAACUACUCAUUAUUUCCUAACAAGAACUCCGGCGCCAAGUCGUCACUCACCUUCCUUCCUGCCACGACAUACUCACCCAAUAACAACGACCACCUCAAACCACCACCCUCGAUGGGUAACCUUGCCGCCUUCCGCCACCGCAGAGACUCGUCUCUUAUCUCAUCAGCGACGGUUCAGAUCGGACUCAGAUUCUCCUCUGUCGACGAUAUCCCACCAGUCGCCCAAACAGUCGUCACAGUUCAGGACCCUCAUGUGUACAACUUGGAGUGCCCCAACGUGGUCAAGGAGCUUCAAGCCAAGGGCAUCAAUGUUCAGCUCAAGCGUCCCGUGGGCUUGGACUCGGGAGCCUCGACACCAACCGGCUCGACCAAAGAAGGGUCUCCUACAAGUCCGGGCCGAAGUCCAGUCAAGGAUGCGAAGAUGAAGACGCUGCCGCCUGUACCGAGACCCAUGAUUGACACCCAGUCUGUAACGCCGGCACCACCAUCUCAGGAGAUCACCCUGAGCCCCAGUGUCUACAGCCCACAAAGCCCCAGCAAGGCCAAACUCGUCCCUCCAGCUAAGCCGGCUACCAACCCACGGAGUCCCCCCAUGGUACCACCACCACGACGAACAGGCGAGGCGACACCACCUCCUGUGGCGGAUGGAAAGAAUGCCUGGAUAUAGGACCAGUUACAAGAACAAUAAUGUGCGCGCGUGUGUGUCUUGUCAAGCAUUUUCUGGUGUUGGAAGGUUAGCAUAGGAUGGUGUUGAUGGAUGGGUGUGUGCCAUGCUAUCAUGAUGGGUUCGGUGGGGGUGUACGAAGGUGGUGAUGAUGAUGGUAAUUUCUCUUUUCCACUCAUUCAUUCUAAUCUUUUUAGAGAGAUUUUCCAGGACGGGCAUGGAGUGGUUGUCUUUUUUCUUUAUUUAUAUAUACCAACCACGCGGUUGACACCGUACUCUUUUUUUUUCUAACCUUAUAUACCAUUGAAAUGACAUGACAUGCCUUGAGGGUGUCUAUCAUUUACUUUUUAUCUGUCUACGUUUUCCGUCUCUGUUUUCAUUGUCGUGUUGUCUUUGGUCUUUUUUCUUCUUUGCCUGGGGGGACGGGGUCUAUAUUUCAUGAAGGCGUCUCUAAGAUGAUGGGUGGCGUAUGAGAGACGGCCUUUUGUGGGAUACAAUUAUUGAUACUGCACACAAGUUUAAGCACGUUCCUUUUAGUGGUAAGAUGAGGGGAGGUGAUGGGUGGGGAAAAGCAGGUCUUGGAGGCGAGUUGUGAUGACUAGGAGGAGGGUUUGUUAGCAAGCAUGUUGCCUUGGUGUGAGAGGGCUUGGUUGAGACGGUUAUUGUAGGAUUGAGAAUAGGACAGGAUGGAUUAUUCGGUCCAUUGUCAUCAGGUUAAUACUUGACAGCAUAUCAUUAGGCUUCAAGAUUGUGUUACAUGUCGCAGACUUGCUUCGAGAACUUUAUUCUUUCACAUUCUGUUUUGAACUAGUAA